GGGGUUCUGACAGGGUGCGGCUAUGUGAAUGAGGCAGGCUGACUGAAGGAAGGGGGUGUUUCAGAGAACGGAAUGUCUGUUUGGAGGUGAUAGUGUACUUGACUUAAGUGGCAGUGGGGAGAGGUGGGGAAGCCCCCUGCUCUUGGGGAAGACAGUCCAGCUUCUGUCGAUCUUGUAGUUGCCUGUCUGGCUCAGUGCGGCUCCCGGGACACGUUUGGUAUUUCAGGAAUUUACAACAGGCGCGACUUGCCUGCACGCCUCCCUAGAUCCGUGCAAAAGAUUUUCCGAGUCUCAAUGGUGAGGGGUUGACCCGUGGAGGAGACCCGCUCGGCGGAAGUCUGGGAGCUGAGCAGAAGGAACUCCGAUGAUCCAGGUGGCUGCACACGAAACACUAAUUACACUUUGGGUUACUCCUGAUUAUCUUUCAGUCAUUUUGAUAUACUGUUAAAAGAACAAAGUUUUUGACAAUGCUGCAGCAAAUAUUGGAGACCAUGUACAUUGAGCCCGAGCUUCUGGCUGAACUAAACGAAGAACAAAAGCAGAUUCUAUUUUUUAAAAUGAGACAGGAACAAAUUCGAAGAUGGAAGGAAAGGGAAGCAAAAAUGGAGCCAAAAGAAAAAGCACCUAAAACAAAGAAUGGGAAAUCGGUAAACUGGCUGCUGGCAGCAGAUAAUGACGUGUGGGUCUGGGUCAUGGGCGAAGGCCCGGGAGACCAGCCAUAUGACCAAAUUUGUGAUGAAAUUAUUGCAGAGCGAGCAAGACAACAGGCCCAAAAAGAGGCGGGAGAAUUGAGGAAGGUGAAAGAGAAGGAACUGAUCCGCCGAUUCUCCACCUCACUUAGGCUGGAGAGCAAAGGUGUCAGGAGACAGAAGGAGGUCGAAAAGGAGGAGGCCACGAAAGCAGCUGCGGAGCAAGAGCGAAUCCAGAUGGAACUAAAGCAAAAAGAGGAGGAGGAACGGAGGAGACAAGAGGAAGAGAUCAAACGGCUGGAAGAAGAGAGGACCCAGCAAUUAUACAUUAACUUAAAGGAAGCUCAAGAGAUGGUGCAGAGGAAUGAAAAGGAAGAUCCUGAAUGGCGUGAGAGCUUAAGGAAAUCCAAAGCAGCUGAUGAAAGGCGGAGGUCGAUAGCGAAGCAGGCACGGGCUGAUUACAAACGUCACUCUCUGAAGGCGAUUGAGAGGGGGAAAGUGUCUGCAAUGACGCAGAAUUUCCAAAAUACUCCAUCUCCAGUGAAGCCUCCUGUCCCCCCACGUAAAAAUGUAAUUAAUCGGAAAGAGUGCAAUGUGAGAAGAGAUGUACAAACCCAGAAAUCGAGUGAAAACAGCCAUGAGAGAAUCAUCAGAUGGUUCAGAGAGCAACAAAUCCCACUCCGAGCAGGUUAUGAGAAGGACAGUGACGUCAUAGCACCCUGGUUUCAUGGAGUUAUCACCAGGCAAGAGACUGAGGAGCUUCUGGGGAAAAAAGGAGCUGGUGGGUUUUUGAUCCGAAUCAGUGAGCGUAUAAUUGGUUAUUGCCUGAGUUAUCGAAGCAGCGAUGGGUUCAAACACUUCCUGAUUGACUCAUCGAAGGACUCGUACACCUUCUUUGGCGUGGACCAGUUGCAGCAUGCAACACUCGCAGACUUGGUGGAGUACCACAAGGAGGAGCCAAUCACAUUAGCAGGUGCUGAGCUUUUACUUGAAGCAUGUGGCCAGUGCAGAGAUCCACCAGACUAUGCCCAUCUCUUCAACUGAGCCUCUCCAAACUGAGAUGCUGCCAUGUCCAAUGAACUCUCCCUUCGAAAUGUUCACUUUAGUGGACAAUUGAGCAAGGUAACUAUGGUCCAGCAAAGAAUUACACCUCUUAAGAAGCUAUUGCUAUGCAAGAAGAAUAUUGAUUGCAUUCAAAGUGGGACAGUAUUUAUUCAUUUAAACCUGACCUAAUUAUUCAAGAACAAAUGAUUUUGCAUUCAGGGUCAUAUCUGUUACUAUUUUGCUUUGAAGGGACAUAGCAUUUGUUAACAAGGUUUUAUGGUACAUUUUUGUAUAUUGUAGGUUAGGAAUCCUUUUUGGUAAUGUGCAAAGUCUAUAAGCUAUCAAGUCCUUUUUUUUAUUUUACUAAUAUAUACUGGAUAUAUUGUAAAGCUGAUCUGUAAUAUUCCAUUCUCUUACUAUUAGCAACGUACACUUCUUAAUCAAUAUGUAAUGGAAGAAAUGUAUUUUCAGACAACUGCCAUGAUAAACUGUGACAUUCAGAUGAUUUUAAAAAUAAAGGAGAUGAAAAGAGCAGAGUCUGU